AAUUUAGCGGAUUUAAGUUUUACUGUUAAUUUAUUUUACUCUUCUAAUGGUUGAUACUGCCAUUACUGUGAAGGUCUUCCUUAAGGGUUGCCCGAUUAUUUAAGGCAAUACUAGGAGGCAGUAGUACACGCUAACAGCUUUUUUUUACCUUAUGAAAAUAUUCCGAUAAUUAUCAUAUUCGGUAAUCCUGGAGUAGAUGGCUAACACCUGAACACAUUGUUUGUAUUUGUUCAUUUUUCCACAAUGUUCUUCAGAUGAUGGUAAAUAAUUAAACUGAUACAACAAUACACAGAACCUACCAAUCAAAAAAACCUAUCUCACCUCCAUUUUAAACAAAGUGCUUACUUUAAAUCACAUAGACAUUACUUUAGUGUCGUAUAAUCAGUUUUUUGUCAUUAUUUACCUCAAUUUCCAUCAUCUUUCAUGCUUUGUGAUUUGUGAUCGUAGGUAGAAAAAACUAAAAAGAAAAAACUGUCGUAUCAUGUUUAUUACUAAUUAUCAUCCAAAGAACAUCUGUGGAAAAAUGAACAAAAUCGAACAACUCUUUCUGGUGUUAGCCAUCUGUGCCAGUACAGUAUUACCAAAUUCACAAAAAGUUUGGGAGGAACAAUUUCUUUGUACUGUAAUGUAAUUUUUUACUAUGUUUUUUCCAUCAUGAACAAUAUUCUACGUCUGUUCUACAAUGCAUAUCCAUUGUUUACAUCAGGAACACUUCCAAAUUUAUCAAAUACCUGUACUGAUACAUAUGAUUUAUUACUGAUAAAAUGAACCAACUUAAUCUACUUAACUUCCUUACCCACUUUCAUUUCUUCAUUUGAUCUCUGAUAAAUCAUUCUUUCUGUGUUUGAAACAAACACACAACACACCUCAAUGCAUUCCUGUGGAUGAAAUGAAACAUCCUGGAUGUAAACAUUAGAGCUAUGGCACCAUAGCACUUGGCCGUGCAUGAUGUUCAGGAUGGAAAAUAUCAUAUAAUCGUUAUGAAAAAAUAUUUCCUUCAAAUUUUUUUUAAUUUUUAAUUUGGGAAGAAAGCAAUUAUAUUCUAUAGAAAAAUUUCCUCAAGUUAGCUACUGGUUAAUGCACUACUAUCUUCCAGUAUUACCUUAUUUUCAUGUGUAAAUAAUUUUUUUAUACAGUACUGUACAGUAUUUUAAAAAUCUUGAACAUCCAUGUAUUUCCCAUAUGCCACUACCAAUACAUGUACACAUUUAUUAGUUAAAAUAAAUGGAAUUAUCAGGAACAAAUUACUGAAUACUGUACUAUACUGUAUUGCUUAGUGGUUCUUUGUUCAAAAAUUGAUAAUUUAUACUUGAGAACUGUACUUUUGUAUCCUGUAAACCUUAUCUGCUAGCAGAUAGUGCAAGCCAAUCACACUUGAUGGUUGUAGAUUACUUAUUGGUUGGGUUUAGUUGAUUGAUACCAUUCUGUUGGCAAAGGGAUUCAGUGUUAUGCUCUCUGAAAGAACUGUAUUGAUAUGGCCAUUAUGCCUUAAAUAGAGGUUUAAAGUGAUAUUUGUAAACUCACCAAUUUUAUCCUUGCUACCCUCUCUUAGUUGUACUCCAUGUGUUAUCUUACAAACAUGUAAGUAAUGUUCACAUCCAAACACAUAAUGGUAUAACUUUUCCCAACCCCAAAAAAUAAAAGAUCAAAAGCAUGUGAAUUGUAGAGGACAAAUAAAUGUAACAAUAAAACAUUUAAUAUUGAAACCUACUCACCUACUUUACUCAAACCAAAUUUAACCUAUCCAGAUUUGACAUUAGUUUGGCUUUGUCCUGUAAUAUUUGCUUAGGUUUGAUUGUUAAAGCAAUGAAGACAAGUACGGUUACAAAAAGUGUUUUUUGUGAAAUUGUGCAAUACAGUACAAGGUAUUUACAUCUGGGAUGGUAACUCCUGUUGUGUUAUUAAAUUUUGUUCUUAAGUGUUACUUCACACUGCAUAUUUGUUUACCCGGUAAAUAUGGUACAGUACUUGUACAAGAGUGAUAGCCAGACACUUGUGAGGUACGAGUUACUUUUUCCAGAGUUAACUUAAUGCAGUCCACCAAUCUACCCUCCCCCCCGCCCCCCCUCCGCAAUAAGAAAUGCUAUGAAAAUUUUAAGUGACAAUAAAUAUCUCUAACAUAAAUGGGAGAAGAUUUGACGGUAGCAGCAGGAUAAUGUGCCAACUGAUGCUGAUAGACUACUCUGUGCUGCAUUCUACUAGAAAUUGAUGUGCAAUCGACUGAUAGAUUGCGAUGAACAGUACAGUCUCUACUGUAAUAUCAACAGACAAUAGUUUUGUCUUGUGAUGUUUAAACAAAACUAGAUAUUUUUAAAAGUACAGCAAACCUGAAAUGUUGCUCCUUACCAUAAGGACCUACAGUACUGUACAGUGCAUUGAACUCAAAGUAAAUAUCCAAUGAUCAGCAGAGUUACAAAUGGUCUGAUUGCCUGCCGUCUACUCAUAAUUCGCCUAAUGAGUGGGCAUUUAGAUGCAAAAAAGAUGAUGCGCCUCGGUGCUGUCAGUGCCUUCUCUGGCUUGAGUAAUGAGAUGAUCUACGUCCCUCCAUCUUCAACCCCAACAAAUUUCACACCUCCUGUAGUUGUAUUCUUUGGUGGAGAUGUACAGGAUUACCCAGAGAACAUGCUUGCUCACCGGGAUCAUGAACACUAUGUGGAGUGGUCCCUCACAAGCACAGCUGAACUAUUAGCUACAAAGUUCACUGAACAUCAUGUCUUUGUUGUUAAACCUAAUAGAAUGGAAAGAAAAACAUUUAGCUGUUUUGAUAACUUUGUCACAAGCAACAGUGUGGGUGCACCAUCUCACGAUCCUGGUAUCGAAGCCAUAAAUCAUCUUUCCUCACUCAUAUCAGAAGGUCUCAGGACAGCACGUGCUAAACUGCUUGCAGUUGAUAGCGAGUCUCCAACUCACUGCUUAGAUGUGGAAACUGAUGUUAGCUUUGUAACCAAUUCACUUCCACAAAGUUGUCCAGUAAGCAAGGAACCACCAGAGGUACAACAAUGCACAAAUGAAGAAGAUUCAACAAGUUCUCAACAUGACUCUAAUAAUCACAGACGUGAUGAUUUUGAUGUCAAAUAUGAUGAUGUAACAAUUAUUGGCUUUAGUAAAGGAUGCGUAGUUUUGAAUCAGUUAAUAACAGAAUUCCAUACUGUAACUACUGUCGACAAAUUAAAAGAGCAUGCACAGUAUGCCUUUUUGAGCAAGGUACACAAUAUGUACUGGCUAGAUGGAGGUCAUGCAGGAGGAAGCAAUACAUGGAUUACAUCACCUUUCAUCCUGAAGUCCCUUGCUGCUCUUACACAUAUUAACAUUCACAUACAUGUCACUCCCUAUCAGGUCCGAGAUGAUCAGCGUCCUUGGAUAAGAAGAGAGUGCAAGGCAUUUAAUGACAUUUUGAAACGUGCUGGAGCUAAAGUGAGUUAUGCUCUUCACUUUGAAGAUGAGCCUGCCUCUCUUGUAUCACAUUUCAGAGUCCUCAAUGAAUUUUCCUAAGAUAAGUAACUUAGCAUAUCAAUUCGCCAACCUAGUUAUAACUGCAUCGUCAAGUUUUUAUGUACUGUACUACAGUAUUUAAUUUUCAGUGGCAUUUUUGGUCCGAUUAUAUCAAUACAGUAUGAUUGAAACCCACAGAAAAAUAUAAAGAUAAAGCUAAUUUUUUUUAACUUUCCCAUGUCCACUGAGCAUCUCCAAACGUGGUGCAAAAACUGUAAAAUCAAUUAAAUUUAAAAAAUUUUGCUUAAGAAAUGACCCCAAGCAGUAUUGUAGUUCUUUACGAGAAAUGCAGAAGUAGUAAGUAGUCCAGCGUGUGAACGUACUCUUGGUUUCGUUUUAUUUACAGUAUGUUGCAACAUCAUUUGAGAAGUCUGCCACACAUUCCUCUUAGUCUGUCAUAUAUGUUUUAUUGCAGCAUCACAAGUUGGUCUGUUUAUCAUUUCCAAGAUUUAUACUUUAUCUUGAGGUUUCCUGCAAUUUAUUCCAGAUCUUUAUCAUUCUUCUUUGUCUAUCUGCAUUCAUUGUGACAUCUUCUACCCAUACCAAUUUCUUUAUAUUCAUACCUGCAGAUUGUUUCUUAUACUUUACUCCCGUGUUUUUUUUUAUUUAUUUUUUUUUAAUUCUCAUUGCACUUAAUUUUCUCAUUCUCUUGGUCUACUUACAUAAUAAUUUUAUUCAUCCAUCCCAGGUAUCUUCUCUCUACUUGCUCAACAAUAUCUCCUUAACCCUUUGGCUGUGGCUUUUAGUGAAUUUGUUAUGCACUGUAUUUGCAAGUCCUUAAUCAUAUUUUUAUCUUACAAAAAUAAAGAUUUGCAUGCAAGCUGAUGAGGAACAAGAGAAUAAAUAAUUUAUCUAGUUUGGUUUAGCCAUGGUGAAGAACUCCUAUACCACACAAAGUGGAUGGUUCCAGGUCACUAGGAGAUGGAGACAAGCAUACUUCCUCUAUGACGAGUCAUUGAUGACUGUGUAAUGAGGCAGGGCUAGGGGGACCUGGAAGUCUAUGGGACCCUGUCUAUAAUGUCACUUGGUGUACAGUUUUUAAAAUAAAGCCAAAAUCUUGGUAACCUACUGGCUUAUCACAACCUCAAUUCUCUGGCCCUUUUUGCACUCAGCCAGAGAAUUGCAGACCACUCACCCUAUUUGUGUUUUUGCAGCCACAGGGUUGAUCAUCUACUUAUUUCUUUAAUAUAUUUACACUUAUUCCACAGCACAUCCUUAAGAAAUCUCUUCGCUCUGCCUAUGCAUAUUCAUUUUCUUCCAACUACCGUAAGCUUACCCAUGUUUACUAAAACCAAGAUGGGUUGAAUUAGGCCUUGCAGUGUAGUUCUACCACUCCCUUAGUUUUUAUCUUUACCUUUAAAAAAUUGACCCCGAGGCCCUAGUUCCCAUCCUACAUUUCAUAUCACAUCUUACUGUCUAAUUUCUCCUUAAGUUGGUUCCUCAUCAUCUUAUUCUAGUUUCUAGUUUUGUACACCUGUUGAUGCAACCCCCAUUGUUUUAAUACUCAUUUUUAAGAGUUUCACUUACAUAAUGGCAAGAAUUCUUUGCUUCUGUCUCAAAACAUGCUUUUGGUAACUUUGACUUCUCAGUUAGUCAGGUUCACAAAUGUUCAUUUACAAAAUGAAAUCUUCAAGUCUGGCGAGAGAAGUACAUUGUACAGUCCCCCAAAAAACUAUCGUUACUUUUUCCAUCUUUACAAUUUGAAAUUUGGACAAAUUGAAGACAUUUCCUUUUGUGUGUUGUUUAUGUCAGUAUGACUGCAUCCCAUAUACAUAAUAUAUGUAUUUUUUAAAUAUCUGUAGCAAUAAAAGAUAAAUUACUGGUCAUUGUGAAUUCUGGCAGUUCUCUGCACGAAAGUGUUGCCAAAUAAUUUGUUCCACGGAAUUAAGAAUGGUGUACAGUAUACCAAUUCCUGUGAUCAACUGUACUAACCAUUCUGAACCCAGUACACUAACACUGUUCACAAAACCAGACCACAUUAACCUACUGGGUAACAAUAGUUUUUUUGAAGGACUGUACACAAGACAAAAUAUUUAAUGAACUUAUGUAAACUCCUUGUCAUUUAUAAAUUUAUUAAAAAUCCUAAA